AUGUCUUACCAAAAGCCUGAGAAGGAUCUUAUUGACCAGCCUAAGGUGCAUCGCAUCAGAAUUACCCUUACGAGCCGCAAUGUUUCCGCCCUCGAAAAGGUCUGUAGCGAGCUCUCUGGACGGGCUAAAUCCAAGAGCCUUCCAGUGAAGGGUCCCGUUCGUCUUCCGACUAAAACCCUCCAAAUUUCCACCCGGAAAACACCCAAUGGUGAGGGCAGCAAGACCUGGGAUAAAUAUGAGAUGCGUAUCCACAAGAGAUUGAUUGAGUACGAAAUAACCUAUCUCUGCUUCAAAUUCCAUGCUAAUACCACCCUUAGUCUUACCGCUCCAACAGAAGCCGUCAAGGCCAUUAUCAUCAAC